AUGGCGGACCAAGAGAACGAGGAUGACCUCUUCGCCGACCUGUAAGUGAAGACCGACGACAAUGCGGCCACGACGCUUGCAAAAACGCGCUUUGCGAUCAUGCGCUAAUGAUCUAUAGGUACGAGAAUGACGACGCUGAUGUUGCGCCCGCAGCAGCAGUCAAGUCCGAGCCUGAGGCGCCCGCUGCUGCACACGCUGUGAAGACAGAGCCAGACGCCGACUCCAUGCCCCUGAUCGCGGCUGGAAGCAAUGGCGGCGCGGAUUCGGGGUACUCGCCAGCCAAGCAAGAGUUCAGGCAAGAGUUCAAGCAUGAGCAGGGAAUGGAAGGCGUGGAGGGUAUGCCAGAGCACGAUGACUACAUGAGCCCACCGCAAGAAGAGCGUGGCAUAGGCAUGAAGGAGGAUGGGUAAGUACAGCCGAUAACAAUCUACAAACACGUGACAUGAGCGUGAGCGAACGCUCAAUAUGGCCCGAAUCUCGUUGGCAACCCUGAAGCUGCCCCCUUCGGCCACUUGUUGGUUGCAGUUGCACGCUGCGCCGUACGAGAAGCCACCAACAAGGAUCUCGCGCUCCGAAUAUGAACAAUGGGUAUCUCGGAUAUGGGAGACCCCUUCAUCUCGUUUGAGAGAGCGACAUCCCUCCGCAGUGUAUGUCAGGAUGGAGGAUGGACAUGAGAGCGGCCAGUGGUUUGGACAACUUCACUUGUACCUUGCGAUUUGGCGAUGGAUACCACAAGCACAUUGUUGCAUUUCUGGGAGAAGAAAUGAAUUGGGUCACGGUUGAUCUGGACCCUCAUUCUACAUGGUUCUACUACCAAUCUGCCUGCUGUAUUCUUGAGAUCUGGCAAACCUGACAGGAGCACAAGUCAAACGCAGAGCAAGAGCGCCCACAUAGUUUGAACUCGAUAUCUCGGCCAUAGCGACAUAGCAGAGCAGAUCAGAGCAGAGAGGAGAGAGAUAGCCGAUGUAGCCAUGCUGCUGAGCCGCACGUCGUGUCUUUGGACGGACGUGAGCCAGCGAUCAUAAGCAUGCAAAUCAGCUUGAUAUACCCGCAAAAGAGCACUGCGCGAGAUCGUCUCUCUUCGUCCGAGUCUGCCGAUGGGGCUGUUCCUUGUGGAAUUUCAGAGUGCGGCGGUCGUUACUGCGACCCCACACUCUGCUGGUAUGAAGUGCUCAAGGGCUUAUCUGGGCGACAAAUCCGAUCAGCUAUACACUCCGAUCAGUAAUCCGCGGCAAUGUCUGGCAGACUGCUUGACAAUGGCAAGGAAGCAAGCGUUAUCGAUCGACCACACAUUACCCAUGCUUUGUGGCCGACGAUACUACCGCUCUUGGUCGGUUUGGGGUCUGACCACUCCGUGGCAGAUCAACAUCGCAGGGCAGCCAGGGUCCUGGCCAACACGGCAACGCUGGAGUGACGAAGUACUAAGAAGGUCACGCUCCUUCACGCUCAUGUCACGCUAAGGUAGACAAUUGCCUGAAGCGUCAUUGCUAACAUGCUGCUCACAGUAAGAUGUUCAUCGGAGGUCUCAAUUGGGAGACGACAGACGGUAAGCUUACCAUUCACUCACAAAGCGCUAAACUACACCUAUUAACGUAUGCGCUAGAAUCUCUCAAGAACUACUUCUCACAGUUCGGCGAGGUCGUUGAGUGCACCGUCAUGCGCGAUGGGCAGACCGGUCGAUCCCGCGGAUUUGGAUUCCUGACCUUCAAGGAUCCCAAAGUGGUCAACACUGUCAUGGUCAAGGAGCACCAACUUGACAACAAGCUCGUGAGUUCAAUUUCUCACCCGCAGCACCGCAGCAGUCUCUGACCCUCUCCCAUAGAUCGAUCCAAAGCGCGCCAUCCCGCGAGAAGAGCAAGAGCGGACGGCCAAGAUCUUCGUCGGCGGUGUCAGUCAGGAUGCAACCGAGACCAACUUCAAGGAGUUCUUUGAGAAGUUCGGGCGCGUGCUGGAUGCAACUCUCAUGAUGGACAAGGACACCGGUAGACCGCGUGGUUUUGGAUUCGUUACUUUCGACAACGAGAUCGCCGUCGAGCGGACACUCCAGGGUCCUCUUGCCAUCCUUGGCAAGCCAAUUGAAGUGAAGCGAGCUCAGCCGCGAGGCAAGAUGGGCGAGGAAGAGGCUGGCGGGCAGAACAAGUUCGGUCGUGGUGGCAAGCCUGGAGCUCAGCAGUGGGGAGCUGGAAACAGCAACGGCUUCAACGCGAACGCCAUGGCACAGAACGGCGGCGGCGGCGGCGACGGCAACCCGAACAACAUGACUCCUGCCAUGAUGGCCCAGUACUGGCAACGCAUGCAACAAUACUUCAUGAUGAUGACCGCGGGAAACAACAUGGGCAUGAUGGGCGGUAUGCAGAACCCACAAAUGAUGCAGCAAAUGAUGGCCCAGCGUGGCAUGAACCCGCAAAUGAUGCAGCAGACGAUGCAGCAGAUGCAGGGAGGCGGCUCUCCCAUGAACGGCGGUAUGGGAGGUGGCCAAUCGCCUGGAGGAUCCGCAAGCGGAGGAACAGCAGGCAUGUCUGCGCAGCAACAGCAGAUGUUCGAGCAGCAGAAGUACGAACGUGCACAGAUGGCGCGUAUGCAACAGGGCCAGUUUGGAGGACAGAAUACGUGGGAUGGAAUGUAUGAUGAUGUUCCUGCUCCUGCGGGUAUGUCGCCUGGACCCCAGGGUAUGGGCGGCGCUCGAGGUGGCGGUGGCUUCCGCGGCGGUAGAGGUAGAGGUGGUGGUGGUCCGCCUUCUGGACAGGCUCCCGCUAACGCUCCAACCGGACCGAAGAAUGCUGGGAUGCCUGGUGCCAACUACCGUGGUGGCGGACGAGGAGGCAGGCGGGGUGGAUUCCAUCCGUAUGCGAGGGGAGGUGGCUAG